CGAAGAGGGGGUGCGGCUCCCUGCCCGAGGUGGGACAAUCAUUUGUGAAAAUCGUUCCUCGUCUGUUGCGGCCCGGGAUUCGUACGACGACCGUCUUUCGACACCGACGUUCCCAACCGACUUUCGACGAAGCAGUCAAAUUUUACUUCUAUGUGAAGUUCGAGCCGGGCUCUAUUCAAAUCGCCUGGACGAAGACUUGUAACAACUGAGUGUUAAUUUAGUAGAUAAACAUGUCACUUUAUCCGUCACUCGAGGAUAUGAAAGUGGGACAGAUGGUGAAGGCUCAGAUAAAGGAGGCUUCAUAUCCUACGUUGAAAAGAAAUGAAGAGGACAAGACUAUCACCAAGCCCAGUGGGUUCGCCAUGCACCAAGCAGGGAUGGCGGUUCCUGUCUACCCUUCGUUGACCGAAUAUAUGGGCCUGGACCUUUCAAACAAAUCGAUAUCCAUGAACAUUCCCGAUUACUCAAAAUCUCUCGCAAUCCAACAGCCGGCUGAGAAUAUGUCCUUAAUGUCAAAUUUUAACAAUAUGGUGGCACCUUUAUCUGGAAAUUCGCUUGGAUUUAAAAGGGCCAAUGUUACCAAUGGGAUCAGAGAGUUGUUCUUAUGCAAAGAUAAGGAUGGAAAAGUUGGCGUGAGAGUUGCGAGUGUGAAUAGUGGAAUUUUUGUUUGUCUGGUUACCAAAGGAUCUCCCGCCGAGAUGGGAGGGCUGAGGUUUGGAGAUCAAAUUCUCCAGGUAAACGGCACUAUAGUGGCUGGUUUCUCUGUCGACCAAGUGCACAAAUUGUUUAAAAAAGCUCCUGUAAAUGAGGUAGUGGUCGUUGUCCGAGACAGGCCUUUUGAAAGGACUGUUAUACUGCAUAAAAACAGUUUAGGCCAUGUUGGCUUCCAGUUCAAGAAAGGAGAAAUUGUCACAUUGGUGAAAGAUUCAUCCGCUUCUAGGAAUGGAUUGUUGACACAACAUCAACUUCUAGAAGUUGAUGGUCAGAACGUAGUAGGCCUCAAGGACAAAGAGAUAACCGCCAUCAUCGAAGCAGCCCCGUCUCCGCUCACCGUCACCAUUAUUCCCGUCAAUAUCUAUGAGCACAUCAUCAACAAGAUGUCACCUAAUUUAAUGAAAAACCUGAUGAGCCACAGUAUUCCAGCGUUCUAAACAACUUUUAUUUUACUAAUCUCAUAUUUAAAAUUAAAUUUGCAUAAAGACUGGAGUUCCAGUGCCAAAUAUAAUGUUAUGCCGUUAUUAUUCAUAUAAGAUUUAAUUAUUCUUAUAUUUAUUUAAUGGAGAAAAUAUUCAUAUAUUCAUGCUAAAAGUGGUAGCAAGAAGUAUAAUAAAUAGUUUUUAUAAUCUUUUUCAUUAUUAUUAAUUAAUUUGAAAUUAUUCCUAUAAUCUUCAAUUAUUCUUAUCUAAUUUCUGUUUAUAAAGCAAGAGUAAUGAUCAAUCUUUAAUAGAUUUUGGUCCACUUGCAUAUUUUCAUAAAAUACAUACAUACAAAAUCUAUCUUUUUUCAUUUUUAUUUUAUUUUUUUAAUUUUUAUAAUUGAUUUGAGUUGGUUAAUUAGAAUUAGUAUUAUGCACUUGCAUCCAUCUGAAUUACUCAGUUGUUGAAUGUGUGGUUUAUUCGAAUGAUUUCAUAUUUUUUGAUACUAGAGUGUAAUAUUAAAUAAAGAUAAAGCCGGACAAUGAUAGAUCGUAAGUGCAAUAUUGUAUUGCAAAUAUGUGCUAGCCUAUUAACAUGAAAUACAUUAUAUAAUAAAUACAGAUAUAUUGUUUUAUAGAAAAAAAAUCUGUUUUAUGUUAGGUAAGAAAAUAUAUUGUAUAGUUUUUUAUAAUUGCAAUUAUAAACAUAGACUUGUCACAAUUUCAGAUUCAUGAUUAAUUAUAUUAAAAUUUAGCGCAAUCAAUUUGAGCCGAUGUUUAGUUCUCUUUGAUUCAUGAUUUUUUUUGUAAUGAAUUAAGCCUGCGGUUUUGAAAAACUGAAUGAUCGAUCCUACCCAUAGUUAACCGCAAGCGGCUGUGAGAACUCAUUACACAUUUUAAACUGUAAUAAAUUUUAAUUCUUCACUUUUGAAAUGUGAUAUAUGUACCUUUAGAAAUAUGUUUUGGCGACUUGCAGUGUCAGAUUGGAUGUCCAGCGAUAUAAAACUUCGCAAUUACGAUUAUCUCACAA